GCAUCUUCAAACCCGACCUCAAACUAGGUCAUUUUUUGAUCAGCCAUCCCCCCGCUUUGAUAGCUUGCACCAAACUACUUUGUAGUCUUGAGCAGCAAAGUUCCAAUAGCCGAAUAACCUAUUUCGACUCGAGAUUGCAUUUCUUCGAUCCGCAAUGGCUCCCGGAGACGUUGUUGACGACGUCGACGUCGGCAUUGACGACCAGGAGGAUGCGCAUAUGGAGCAGCGGCUGAUCAAUGAAGAGUACAAGACAUGGAAAAAGAACAGCCCGUUCCUCUACGACAUGAUCUUGAGCACCGCGCUGGAAUGGCCGACCUUAACGACGCAGUGGUUUCCCGACGUCAAGGACGUGCCCGACAAGAACUGCACGGUGCACAGACUGCUUAUCGGAACGCACACGGCAGAGGGCAAGCCCAACUAUCUCCAGAUUGCCGAACUUGAGCUUCCCAAGAUCGGGCAUCCGAACCCUCGCGACUACGACGACGAGCGGGGCGAGAUCGGUGGCUAUGGCGGCAAGGCGUCGUCGGGCGAGCCGGCUGUCAUCAAGUUCAACAUAACCCAGAAGAUGGACCACCCGGGCGAGGUCAACAAGGCGCGGUACCAGCCACAAAACCCCGACAUCAUCGCUACGCUCGCCGUGGACGGCAAAGUCCUGAUCUACGACCGCACCAAGCACAGUCUGACGCCCACGGGCACGCCUAACCCCCAGAUCGAGCUCGUCGGCCAUAGGGAGGAAGGCUUUGGUCUGAGCUGGAACCCGCACGAGGCUGGCUGUCUUGCGUCCGGUAGUGAGGACAAGACGGUGCUUCUAUGGGACCUCAAGACCAUCCAAGGACCCGGCAAGACGCUCAAGCCGUCGCGCAGGUACACGCAUCACAGCCAUAUUGUCAAUGAUGUGCAAUACCACCCGAUGGUCAAGCACUGGAUCGGCACCGUGUCGGACGACCUGACCCUCCAGAUCAUCGACGUGCGGCGUCCGGAUACCACGAAGGCGGCGGUUGUCGCCCGUGAUGGCCACAGCGACGCGAUCAAUGCGCUGUCGUUCAACCCGCGGACCGAGUAUCUGAUCGCCACGGCCUCGGCGGAUAAGACGAUUGGUAUCUGGGACAUGCGCAACCUCAAGCAAAAGAUCCACACUCUCGAGGGGCACGUCGACGCCGUCACGUCGGUCGCGUGGCACCCGACAGAGAUCAGCAUCCUGGGAAGCGGAGGUUACGAUAGGCGGGUUCUGUUCUGGGACCUCAGCCGCGCGGGUGAGGAGCAGACCCCGGAGGACGAGGAGGACGGUCCGCCGGAGCUGCUCUUCAUGCACGGCGGGCACACGAACCACCUGGCCGACUUUAGCUGGAACCUCAACGAUCGCUGGCUCGUGUGCAGCGCGGCCGAGGAUAACCUCCUCCAAGUCUGGAAGGUUGCGGAUUCCAUUGUCAACUCUGACGACAUUGAGAUGCCGAUGAACGAGAUGGACGCGUCCAAUUAGAAGGGGGAUGGUAAGAAUCCGAGGUCGCGGCGGGCUGCGAGAGGAGGUGCCAAGGCAGCGGAGACAUCCAAUAAGCCGAAGCAGCAAGUAUCAUUUGUGACGACCAGGAAUGCGUGGACGAAACAGGUUGAGGAACUGAGGAAAGAGGCCGAGGAACAGGAGAAGAAACAGGCUGAAGAACAGCAGAAGAAUCGCGAACGGGGCAACAUAGCGCCGGGGUCUGGAGAACAGGGAUGAGGGAGGCCUCUGGAGCUAUACAUUGUGGGAUUGAGGGGCUACCUCUCCCUUAAGGGCGAUCAGUUGUUGAAGGUUGUGGGAGAUGGGAGAGCUGUCGUGUAUGAUAUUGGUUGUUGCCCUUCUCUGGCAUGUACCAUACAUACAUGCGCACGCCUGUGAAGCCCUCUGGUAUUGGGUAGUUCGUCAGCGGACCCUCUCUCUCUCCCUCUCGGAGGGGAAGAAAAGCCGACGGCAGAGCACAAAAGACCGGGGCGGUAGCGUUGAAUGUGCCCUCGUCAAUGCAUUGACUUCCAUGUUCUG